UGAAUUGAAUCCGUUUCUCUACCUGGUUGAGGAAGAAUCCAGCGAGUGGACGAGAUGCGACUCAGUCCCUAAACCGCUCACGACGCACGGUGAUGACGUCACACCGUUCCUCUGGACGACAACAACAAAUAUGGAGGAGUAUGCCCGCGAACCCUGUCCCUGGAGGAUCGUGGACGACUGUGGAGGAGCCUUCACCAUGGGAGCGUUUGGAGGAGGCGUGUUCCAGGCCAUCAAGGGUUUCCGCCACGCCCCCGCGGGAGUCGGACACCGACUGAGAGGCAGCGCCACCGCAGUGAGAACCAGAGCUCCACAGAUCGGAGGGAGCUUCGCCGUGUGGGGCGGACUCUUCUCCACCAUCGACUGUGGUCUCGUUCGCCUCCGAGGGAAAGAAGAUCCGUGGAACUCCAUAACAAGUGGAGCGUUGACGGGAGCGAUCCUGGCAGCGCGCAGCGGGCCCUUGGCCAUGAUGGGCUCUGCCAUGAUGGGAGGCAUCCUACUGGCUCUCAUCGAGGGGUUCGGAAUCCUCCUCACCAGAUACACAGCGCAGCAGUUUCAGAAUCCUGUUCCCUUUGCAGACGACCCCAGUCAGUUACCUCCUAAAGAUGGAGGCCAGCAGCAGGAACUGUGAGUCGGACCAGAGAGACACUAGGACCCUGCAGCAGGUAUCAGGAUGAGACGCGCUGCCUCCUGCUGUGAUGUCAAGUAGAUGCACUUUAAGAGACAAAUUACUGGGUCCAAUAUGCAAGUUUUGAAAUGUAUAUAUAUCAAAUCUGUUUGAUUUUAAUCAACAUCCAGGGAACAUCUUGUUAUCAAGCAUCCAAAGAUUUUAUAAAUGUUUGCAAAGAAAAUUAAAGCCAUUGUUUAAAUGGCUGACGUGUACAAAAGUAGUUUUUUGUGAGUAGUGAACAACAAGAUAUUACAACAUGAUAUUUAUUGAGUGAGGUUUUACAACAGAGGAUGUUUCUAAGUUAUCAUUCAUCAGAUGAGACGAUCGUGUGUUUUAAAUCACGUGUGCAUCAGAUUAACAACCUCGUUCUGUCCUCGUCUCCUCCGGCAGCUUCUGUCACUUCUCAAUCUUUGUUGAACGAUUACGAUCUCACAUAGAACAGUAUGAAUUAGUUCAAGUUGUGUCUGUCUCACUGAAGACGAAGGAAAUUAAUUACUGACACGUUUCACGUUCAGUUUUCAUCGACCUCCUGUUUUAUCCAUCGAGCACUUUUAAAAACUCUGUCUCUGUUCGUCAGCAGAGAGAAGCUGGACGGUUUCACACUAUGUAUAGAGAGAAUUAUUUAUUUGUUGUAUUGUCUUAAUAUAUUUAUAGAAGUUAAUACCAAACAAUAAAAACAUCUCAUGUUCUCAGAGACUUGAA